AUGCCGAAGGAACAACGCAGCGUUCCAAUGGGCGUCAUCUCUGCCGAACCAUUGCAGGCGGCGGCGCGAAAGCUAAAAUUCACCACAAAAGUUACAACCCUUGGCAAACCUGAGGUACGCAAGGCGACGAAGAAAAGUGCCCCAACAGGACUUAAGACUGGCGGAAGUCAGAGCGGCAUGGUGUUUAAUAAAGGUUUUGGUCAACACAUCUUGAAGAACCCGCUCGUUAUUGCUGCUAUCGUGGAGAAGGCGGCGGUGAAACCAACGGAUAUCGUUUUGGAAAUCGGUCCGGGAACUGGUAACUUAACUGAGAAAUUGUUGCAAGCGGCCAAAAAGGUCAUUGCGUUUGAGGUGGACCCUCGUAUGGUUGCGGAACUAAACAAAAGGUUUCAAAAUUCUCCUUUAGCCCCUAAGUUGCAGGUUAUAAGAGGAAACUGUCUUGAUCAUGAAUUCCCCUACUUUGACAAAUGCGUAGCUAAUGUACCGUAUGCUAUAUCAUCCGCAUUAGUGUUCAAACUUCUUAAGCGGCCGAACUUUAAAUGUGCCGUGUUGAUGUUUCAGCGUGAGUUCGCCCUCCGUGUAUGCGCGCAACCCGGCUCCGAGGCGUACUGCCGCCUCUCCGUUAACUCGCAGCUUUUAGCACGAUGCAGCCACUUAAUGAAAAUUAGCAAGAACAGCUUUAACCCUCCACCCAAAGUAGAAUCCAGCGUCAUUCGACUUGACCCAAAGCAUCCCGCCCCGAGCGUUGACUUUGAGGAGUGGGAUGGACUUGUGAAACACAUCUUUAAUAGGAAGAACAAGAAGGUAUCUUCCAUCUUCCGUACAAAGAACACGGUACGCACGCUUUAUGACAAGUACUGUAGCUACCAAAGAAUGGAAGGGGUGAAGGAUGUUAAAACUUUUGAGGAGUUUCGACAGCACCUUGAGUCAAUCCUUCAAGAACCGAUCUUUGAUAAGCGGGCGCGAGUGCUUGAUCAGGAGAGUAUUAUGGAAUUACUCUGUUGCUUCACAAAGAAUGAUAUCCAUUUUGUGUAG